AUGUCUGUACGAACGGCUGUGCUGAAGAACAUCAUGUUGUUAAUCAAGGACGUACCUAAAUCUGUAAAAUUCUAUUCCGAAGGAUUGGGUAUGCAAGUGAAUCAUGUAUCUGAACAUUGGGCGGAAUUACAAUCGGGACAAAUGAAAGUUUGUUUGAACAAAGUGGAAGGUGAAGCAGCAUGUACAACUGGAUACUCACCUUUUCUUUGUUUUGACGUUACCCAAAUGGACAAAACAAUUUAUAAAUUAAUUGAAAUGGGAGCAGUACUUGAUGGACCAAUCAAAUAUCCAUCCCAUGGAAAAGUUGCUUCACUUCGAUCUCCUGAUGGUCACAUGUUGGGUCUGUUCGAACAUGCAGAACACUUAAAGCAACAACAAGAAUAA